GCAUGAACAAAGUCGAGCGAGCAGAGAGGUGCGCGUGAAGUCAGUGGUUGAGAAAAAGAAAAUUGGAGCUUGUUCCAAUGGAUCCAGAUUAUCCUUGCACUGAAUUUUGAAAGUGCUUUCCCCGAAGGAUCUUUCUUUUUAUUUCGAGAACAAAAAGCAACUGAAUAUUUGUGGCAUGUAGUUCAAUUGAAAUUGAAGCCUCUACCCCAGAAGUACGUCCGCGCUCAUGCCGCUCCUGGGACGGGACCACUUGACUCGGGGCCAAAGUCAUCCUCCGCGGCCACGUACUAAGUUUUGCUUCGCGGCGACCGAAGUCUUUGUUUGUUUUGUCGUGUACGCGCUAUUAUUUUCAUCGUCACCACUCGGGACCGACAAGGGCUUUUCUUUGAGCCACGGGCUGAUUUACUUUCUGAAGCACUUUUUGCACGUCAAAGCCGAAGCCGUCGAUUCUUUUUUCACGAAACAGCGCGACUUAGACGAGAAGCAAAAGCUGUUACUAUUUUUUGGCGCGGUUUUCUAUUCGUUAAAAGUAACCACUUGGAAUUUCUGUUUAAACCACACGGAAUCUGUCACGCUCAUCAGCGGCUUGUUUAUUGGCGGAUGCUUUCACUUAUUUUUCUUUUCUGCGACGGUGCUACUUGCAAUACUAGCGUUUUCGCCGCAUAAACUUUCCACCACCAACGCCGUCCUGUGUUCGUUUCUGCUAGUGUCUGGCCUCGCACUGGAGCUGUACGCCGACUACGAAUUGCACGCGUUCAAGCGAAGGAAGCUUUUACUGGCUUCUUCACAGAACAACAGCGUGACCGCACCUCACCCGAGCGGCUCCAAUAUCUACUCCGAUCGGGCAACAUCGGGGACCUCCGGACGGGCGGAAGAGCGUGCGACUUACGACCUCGACCGACUGUUAGUGGAUGAUUCGUCUUCUACGUCGAAUUUGGCUCCUACAACCGACAAAGCUGGCGCACAGCCACGGCUCCUCACGACGGGACUGCACGCGUAUUCGCGGCACCCGAGCUACUUUUUCAACUGCUUUUCUUUUCUCGGCUACGCGGGUCUGAGCGGCUUCUUCGUUUACGGGAUCGUGUGGUUUCUGCUGAUGGUUGCCUGGGUAUAUUUCCAAUCCGGCCCCGCGUUGGAGAAGCACAUGGCUGUUCGUUACGGCGAAGAGUGGAGCGAGUAUUGCAAACAGGUGCCCUUUUUCUGGCCGAAGAAGCUGCUGCUGCUAGGCUUCUUUGGGAGCAGGCGAGGUGAAGAAGAUUUGGUGACAGGAGCAAGACCACAAGAAGAAAUCGUCUAACAUAUUUAGAGAAUUUAUACUAAAAUCUCGUCUAUUCUCCUCCUGAUGCCAUCGAGAUGAUUUGGUUGCCCUUGUUGCCAUCAUGAGGAAACAUAUUCGGAGGAAGAAAUGCAUUGAAGUUCUGGCUUCAUUUUUCCAUGUGAAGCAAGCUGAUAUUCAGGAGGUACUGGUCAGAGCGGGAGCAUGUGUUGCUCGUCCUAUCGCGUCCAACAAGAGAACUCGACUCACAGUACUAAUCGAUCUCGC